AUAUCAAGCUACUGACGAUCCAACUUAAAGUUAUAUUAUCUUUCAGACUUCAGAUUCUCCUCUAUUUCACUCAAACACUAAAGCUUCAGAAAAUGGCAACGGCGUCGUUUAACAUGCAGUCAGUCUUCGCCGGUGGACUGACCACUCGCAAGAUCAACACAAACAAGCUUUGCUUUGCCGGAAACUUCCAUAAUCUCAAGAGGAAUUAUCCGGUGGGAGUGAGAUGUAUGGCUGAGGGAGAACCCAUGAAAGAUGAGUCUGCACCUUCGACCUCGGCGUCUCAGCCUUUGCCCAAGUCAUCGUCGCCACCACCUCCUCCUCCUACUAAACCUAAGGUGAGCACAAAGUUUAGCGACUUGUUAGCGUUCAGCGGUCCAGCACCUGAAAGAAUAAACGGGCGUUUAGCAAUGGUUGGAUUCGUGGCUGCGUUGGCGGUUGAACUUUCCAAGGGCGAAAACGUUUUAGCUCAGAUCUCCGACGGUGGUGUCUCGUGGUUCCUCGGUACGGCGGCGAUCUUGACGCUUGCGUCGCUUGUGCCCCUUUUCAAGGGCAUAACAGCCGAGUCCAAGUCCAAAGGUUUAAUGACAUCAGACGCUGAGCUUUGGAAUGGGCGUUUUGCGAUGCUUGGUUUGGUCGCGCUGGCAUUCACUGAGUUUGUCAAGGGUGGGACUCUCGUUUGAGAAAGAAGAGAUUGUGUACUACAAAAUUUGCCCCUGAAUUCUGUAUAGUAUCCUGGCUUGUUUUAGGCCUACUCUGUGUCUUUUACAUAUGGAUUAGUGACAUUUGAAACUUUGGGUUAAAACA